AUGCUCGGACGAACAACUCUUGUCAGCAACAGCUGGAAUGGUGACUAUCACACCAUUGGCUUUGGUAACUAUGGCUAUGGUAUCUAUACACAAGAUAGUGGAAUGUAUGUCAAUCCAUGGAAUGGACAUGUUGGUGUUGAACGAGAAGUGGACUUCACUCCACUAGAUGCACUUCACUUCCAACCAUACACUGGUGUUCCUGCAUCCAUUCGUCAACACUAUAUCAUGACAAGUACAUACAUUCGAUCUGUAAGUCAGAAAGACAUGGGCAAUGAACCUAGUUUAUCUAUUAAUAUUAGCAUUAAUCAAAAGGAUUCUUAUUUUUACGGUGAUGAUUUUAUAACAGGAACAGUCGAAUUAUAUGUAAGAGAUGGGACGCUCCAAGCGAAUGAACUUGGCUUACAGUUGACUGGUGAAAUUGGUGUUUUGCUUGAAACAAGUCGAGACGAAAGUAUUGAUCCUGGACCUCAACAGAUUGAAUUUCUCAAACAAAACUAUGUUUUCUUCUAUCGGGAAUCGAAUGAAAGAAUGUUGAUAUAUAGCAAAGGCCAGUAUUCAUGGUCAUUUCGAAUUCAACUACCGAAUGAUUAUCCACCAUCAACAAUAGGACAAGCUGAAAUCUAUCCCUACGUUCGAUAUUACCUUCAAGGAUUUAUCGAUGAAACGUCCUUUGGAGUGAAUGCUCUAUCAAAACAAUGUAUUGAUAUAUUUCCACGUGUUCAUGUCUCGCGAAUCCCAAAUUGUUUUACUCCGGUACUUUUUGACACACAGAAUCCAAAGGAUAUCAUCAUCAAAGGAAACAUCGACAGAAGUGGAUAUAUUCCCGGCGAAAUUAUCCAAGGUACGAUAGAAAUUGAAAAGUAUCAACGUUUGUUAAUUAAUCAAAUCGUAAUCUCAUUGAUACAAUACCAAAGCAUUGGACAAAGCACAAGCCAAUAUUUGAUUUGUAAGAAUAUUAUAUCCGAAAUGGAAAUUCCUCACAAACCACGCAUCAUUCAGCCAUUGGAUAUGACUAUUCCUAUGAGACCCUUUCCGCCAACGUUUCAAUUUUGUUUGGAAUCCGAGAGAUUCGCUGUUGUGAGCAUCUAUUAUAAAUUAAGAAUUACAAUCAAAUGUGAUGUUCUACCGACAAACACACAAUUGGUGGUCCCUAUCAAUAUGGGAACUCAUUCAGAAUUAUCUACAUUAGACAAUCAGAAAAUAUCAAGAUCUGCUAGCCUGGAGGAUAUCUUGUUGGAAACAUAA